GUGAGGCGUUGAUGGCGGAACUCAAACGCGCUUGUCGGUUUACAGUCGGACUAUUAUUAAUGUAACACCGAGAGUUUCGCAUGUGUUUCCUAGUGGAUUUUUUGCUCAAUUCAAACACUCUCUUCAUGUGGUCUCCCCUCCACUAGACUUUCAGAAUGAAGCAAACCGAGCCACAAAAAGACAGAGAGAGCCUCUAUCUGGAGGUGACCACUGUUAACGGAGCCGUGUGUCUUCCCCUGCACUCCUCUAUCGUCCUCUUCCUCCUGUCCUACACAGAGUGCUCAUCUUUCCACGUCUACCUGGUAACAGAUCAAGCAGAUAUCCUGCCGUCCCUGUCAGGUCUGGUGCCCGGGGGUCUGGCGGUCUCUGAAGUGAGGAGGGACGAGCUGCCAGGGCUGGUUAGGAUGUGCCGUCUUCCGGCUGCGCUGGAGCCUGGUGCUUGCUUUUGCAGAGCCGGCCUUGCUGUCGUACUGAGACACAUCAUUCAGAGAGCAUGCCAGCUGAUGCCAGGCCGCAGGGAUGUGGCGUCACUCUUGGGCUUCAAGAAUACCUGUCUCAAGGCUUGCGCCGAGGUGAGUCAGUGGACUAGACUGUGUGAGCUGGACAUUCCCUCUGCAGUGGAGCAACACUUACGAAACCCUGAAGACCAGAUGUGUCGACUUCCUGCUGCGAUCCUGAACUUAGAACAGAGGUUAGGGGAACCCGUCAAGGUCCACAAUGAUGACAAGAUACGCCGACAGAAGCUACAACAGCAGAAGAAGGGCGAUUCUCAACUAAAAGGCCCUAAUACAGAGACGGAGAGUCAUCCAAAUGAAUCGCAUCCAAGUGUUGAGCUCAGUGCUGCUCUGGAGAAGCUCUCUACAGAUGCAGUUCCUGCUCCCUCCACCAGGGAGCACUCUGACAUCAGGAAAGUCAAGACCACAGAUCUGCCAGAGCUGGAGCAUGUGUUUGCAGAAGGGCUCUAUUUCACUCUCACUGAUGUUGUCCUGCUGCCCUGUGUCCAUCAAUACCUGAUCUCCCUCCAAAAGCACACCCCCUCCACCCUCUCCAAUCUCCCCUUGCUGCUGAGAUGGUAUCAGCGUGUACAGGAGCUCCCCAGCGUACUGAGGUCCGCAAAGGAUUGUGGGAUGGCCCUCCUCAGUCUCAGCACGGUUGACCCUUGCCCUCCCCAGCUGGAGGCCCCACGACCCAGUGGAGCAGAGCAGGAAGGGCCAAAACUCAAGCAAGAGCCCUUCAUCGGGGGCCCGCGGCCAACUCUCACCAAACUGCAAGAGAAUGGGAUAGACGCUGUUUAUGCCGCUCACCCUUGCCCUUCAUGGACAGUUGAUUGGGAGAGCCUACCGGCAGCUGUCAACCCCACUGAAGGUAAGAUGUCAGACGCCCGCGCCGUGCGCAAACAACAGCAACUCAACAACCUGGUUGCCAUGGUGACGGAGCUGGCCCGCCCCAGGCACACGGUGGUGGAUUUCUGCAGCGGGGGGGGGCACGUUGGGAUUGUUUUGGCGUACACGCUUCCUAAAUGUCAGGUUAUUCUCAUUGAAAAUAAAGAGGAGUCACUGGUCAGGGCCAGAGACCGAAGCGCUCAGCUCGGAUUGACAAACAUCGGCUUCAUUCAGACAAACCUUGAAUAUUUCACUGGAAGCUUCAACAUUGGGGUGGCCCUGCAUGCGUGCGGAGUGGCGACAGACAUGGUGUUGGAUCGCUGCCUCCAGGCGCAGGCGGGAUUUGUGAUUAGUCCGUGCUGCUACGGGUUCAUUCAAAACACACUCAAGUUCAACUUUCCCAAGAGUGCGAGGUUUACAGACACUUUGAGCUAUAAGGAGCAUAUGAUCCUGUGCAGGUUCGCAGACCAGACGGCUGUCAGUUUACCCCCAGAACGACGAUUAAUUGGGAAGCGCUGUAUGGGACUGGUGGACUUGGACCGCAGUUGGGCCGCAGAGACUCAUGGGUAUUCUGUGAGGGUGAUGACCAUGGUCCCCGAGGGCUGCUCGCCUAAGAACAAUAUGCUGGUGGGGAUACCGACAAGAUAACACUGACUCACAAGAAAUGCCCACGUCAUGUCAGGACUACAAAAUACCUCCAUGUUUUUCAUUCAUGUUACUACUUGAGUGUUUACCUUGGACAAUUUAUAUUUAUAUGCAUUUCAUUUAAAGGGAUAGUUCACCCAAAUAUUAAAAUUUGGCAUCAUUCUGACCUCAUUUAUUUAUUUAUUUUUUCUUGUUCUGUGAGAAGAUUUUAGUCACUGUUUUCAGUACAGCAAAAGUGUACGUUGAAUUGAACUAACAAAAAAUUGCAUCCUCCAGAAACUAAUAUAAAUUGAAGACGCAAUCCUUGAGAUCAUUCAUCUUUUAUGUUUGACAGAAGAACGUAAGUAAUACUAAUAUUGAACUGAACAAUUAAUAAUUGAGUGAACUAUUCCUUAAAUUGUUUUCCUUUGAUCCAAAAGCAUGGAUCGCUACGAUGAAUGUGCACGUACACACUUGAAUCAUGGUUUGAUCUAAUUGUGCAAUCAGUAUAUUUGGUUUUUAUUUCUGAUUUUUAAAAGGUUUUUAAUCUUGACUUCAUCUAAACAAUUAGAGUGAUUUUUAUUUCAGUAACGUCUUACAGAUCAGUACUUUCCUGCUUGAUUCGCAUGCCCGGGGUUUGUUUGUAUAAAAAAUUUUUUUUAAAAAGACAAAAAGCAGCAUGCCUCUCAAUAAAUUAAACAUGAUUUCAAAUGCCAUUUGCAAAUCAGACACAUUGAAUUGUGUAAAACCACCUUGCACCCUCUCCUCCACCAUUAUCGCGUAUUAUGCACAAAACAAAAGAGUCUCAAAAGCCCGCUUUUCUAAAGUUAUUACCGAUGUAAAAUUAUUCAUUGUAAUUUGCUCUUCUCCCUCGCAAGAAAGCAGAGACGUAGCUCUUGAGCUUUUGUCUCAGAGUGUUUGAUUAAAAAUACUGAAAGUAAACACAAGGAGGUAUUUAUCACGAUUCCCUUGUAUCAGGGGGUGGGAGAACUGGAGGGGUUAAUAUUUAUGAAAUAGCACAUGGAUUAAUCUGACCACGGUUAUGAAUAUUCGAUUAGGCCACAACUCACACAAAUGUCAAAGCUUCACAUUGGUCUACAGUGUACGCUGAUAUAUGAACUAUUCCCCAGCUUUAUUUUGCUGUGUUUGGACCCAUACUGUCCUCAAACACGCCUCCAGUUUGCUCGCUACAGAAGAGCCGCGCACUGUCACGUUUGUGAUAUAGAGAUGAGAUCUGUUCCUCCGCCAUGAGGAAGUGCACAACCUUUAAGCUUUGAGGAGCCAAGCUAGCAAAGCUCAUCUGAAUUCUGCUAGCGGAGCCAAUCUCUCUGAGUGUGAAAGACCGGAGACGGGGGCACCUUCCAAAGAGCUGGAAUCAUUUCAAUGGGAAACGCUGCUUUCCUCAGGGAUUGGCUCUGGGCCCUGACUAAAUGUACAUGAAAAACAAAUACAUACAGUAAAGGAUAGAAUGAGGCUAGAUAUAACUGCAUUACUGUAAUGCUGACAUAAAGAUAUUGGAAGGUU